AUGCCGAUCCCACGGAAAGGGCAACAACAGUUGUACAAUCAGAACCAGCAGAACUGUCGGCAUUUUAUGUUAAUAGCCAAGGGCAAUGAUAUCAAAAGGCAAGAAACUGGUGGAGCUAUUCUUAAAACUUUAGUGCCAUAUGUUUCGUUUGAAAUGAAAUUGCAUAUUCUAGUCGUGUUCUGGGUUUUGAAGAAAAGUGAGCCCAAGAAACAGACGGAUUCUUUGGAUGACGAAGGUGAAGCACCACCACGUUCCGUAGGAAUCUACGAAUUUGUGGAUGGUGAGGAUGAACCCAUUUCCUUUGCGGAGUUACCAAUUCAGUGGAAGAAAGUUGAGACUUCAGAUGGGAAGCAAAAGCAGAUCUUCUUACGUGGGUCCUUUGAUAAAGGACUUCAGAAAAUCUAUAAGCAGGUUGUAGCUUGGAAGUUUGAUCUUUCUAAUGAGAAGCCUGAGAUUUCGGUGUUAACGAAAGAGAAUUACUGGAUCAGGCUUCUGAAUCCAAGGAAGGCUUUUGAGAAUAUAAUUAGGACGAUCUUAAUCACGGUGCACUGCCUACAUCUUGUGAAAAGGAAUCCAGGAACGUCCCACAAAGCUUUGUGGGAUCAUUUGGGUAAAGUCUUCAGCUUGUUUGAGCCCAGGCCUUCUGAAAAUGAUCUUGUAGACCACGUUUCUUUAAUUGAUGAAGCUGUUAAGAGAGAUGCAACAUUGGCAAAAUCAAAGGUUGUAUUGAGGAUUAGGCCAGUUAAUGGCCUCGGAAAUGGAGAUGGAAUGGUUAAGAAAGUUUCUGAGGACUCAGGACCCCCCAGCGCAAUGGUUGAGGAUGGUCCAUCAGUCAGUGGUCUUCAGGACAUUGUGCCACGCAUUUUCCGGAGUCUCUUUUCUGAGAUUCAAAAGGAACAUGAGAGUUCUGAUGGUAAACAGAUAAAUUAUCUGUGCCGGUGCUCCUUUCUUGAGCACGGUGCAAUGAUUAUGGAUGAUCUAUUGCUGCCAGGUGUACAAUGA